AUGUCCAAAACACAAAGCUUUUGUUAUAUUUUCUUUUUUGCAUUUGUUACCGGCUCUGUUUGGGCUCAAGAUGCUAAUAAUACCAGCAACAACACCGGCAACAACACCUCUAACACUCCUCCAUGUUCAUCUAAGCCCGACAUUAGUUCUUAUAACUUUGGAUUUCACUUGGCAGCCCUUUUU